AUGUCACAUUCGACGACGACACAAACGGAAUGCGGGUGGGGAACGAUCGGAACACGAGAGAAGUCCGAAAAAACUGGAAGCGACAACGACGAAGACGACGACGACGAUAGCCAUGAUGAGGAUGACGACGUCGAUCACCAUAAUGAUGAUGAUGAUGAAGACGACGAGGCCACAAUCAUGAUGAUCAUCAGACCAUCGGAUAAGGAACCAUCAUUAAGAUGA